UUAGCCGACUGUCCGCAGCUCAGCGCGGAAUUUAAAAAUAUAUUUGUUAGAUAAAUUAUCUGGUUAGUGUAUAGAACUGACUGAAAUAUGCGAUAUUUAAAUGUUAGAAAUUUUAUUUAUAUACAAAGUUAGCUUAUAUAUGGUUUCCGCUAUUGUUGAAAACAAAUAGUGACGCAAUCAAACAGCACCCGCGUUAUUUGUGUCGUUUCAGACGGAGGUAACAUUUUAACUUCGUUAUCGACGUCAACAUUCUUCCUAAAAUGAUUAAAAACGGUAAUAGUUACUGAUUCUGCGUAUACAUUUACUUAGUAACAAAUGUUUGGCUGGGAUCGUUUGAAUGCGCUGAUCUUACUUGACAGGAAGAACUUUUUCGUUUUUUAGCCAACACGCUAACAUGAGAUCAACCGACGACAACAGCUCGUCCUGUUCUUCGGCCGUUUCUCCUGCGUCCUUCCUGCAGAGGACACUACAGCGACUGUCUUCUACACAGAGUCUGACGUUAAAGGCAGAUGAGGAAGCUCCUGUCGCCGUCAUUACUCUUCAGAGGUAUUUAUCUGACCACAGUGAAGGACAACAGCAACGACCCCACAGCUACAGCUACGACAUGACUGUCACUGACGGGCUGUGGCGAGCCAAAUGCUACAUUCACCCUUGCUUAAACCACCUAGUUCACACAAACACCCUGAGGACCGGUGCUGACAUCAGCAUUACCCAGUGCUCUUAUGUGUACAACGAGAAGAGACUGGGACACGGCUUCAUCUGCAUUGAAAAGGUCAGAUGUUGUGCAGAGAACUCUGCCCUCCUGCCCCGGAUUAAAGGCGCCAGGUCACUGCCUCUGCUGGUCAAGCAGGGCAUGGAGAGGAGUGUGGAGCUGCAGAGUGAUGUUCCCCUUCAGGUGAGCCGCAAACACUACCUGCCUCUAUGGAACAACGACGAUCCAGAGGGAGACAUCUGGACCUCAGCAUCCUCCUCAGCUGACACAGUACUGGACGUGUCCAAGAUUACUCUUCUUUCUAGUCUAGAGUCAAACUUCAGAAGCUCAUGGAAACCUUUGCCUCUCCUAGUGAAGAUAAUUCACAAAUCCAGAUUAAGAUAUUAUGGCAAGUUUGGGCUCAAGAUUGAUUUUCCUUACCAGGCCUACUUUGAAGUUGCAGACCAGAGCGGCACAAUGUCCCUUGUGCUUUGGAAUGAACUCUGUCCAGAGUUUUACCAGAGACUGAAUGUGGGCACAGUGUUGUACCUUCAGAACUACACCCUGAAGCAGAGUUAUUCAAACCGCUCACGCCCACAAAUGGACCAUCACAGAAUCAAGGCUUUUACCUCUGUCGAAAUCUGCCUGAACCCUCGCAACCCAGCUUCAAUCAUCACUAUAGUGUCACAGAAGAGUGUGCUGCCUCAGUGGGGGCUGCCCAAGGUUUCCUACCAGUUCACCACCAGGUCAAGGCUGGAAGAACUAUCCAACAAUUCUGCAUGUGAUGUUAUUGGACUGGUAACAUUCGUUGGCCGUGUUGAAAGAGUCAAGAGUAAAGGGAACAUGACUGUGGAAAAAUAUUGGACGUAUCGUUGGGUCCAUGCUGUGGAUGGUACAUCUCAUCAUCCCUUUAUCCUAGAGAUUUUUUCCUCUUCUCAACCAGAAAUCUUCAAUUCUAUUUGCCCAAUGACCUACCUGGUUUGCACGCAGAUGAGGGUUUGUCCUGUCGAAGGCUCAUUGCCUUACCUUACAAGUAGCUGCGAGACAGAGAUGUUCAUCUCAGGUUACCACAGAGGGCAACCGUACGUAAAUGAACCCAGAGUAAAGAGCUUCAUCCAGUGGACCAAGACUCUGAAAGACAACGUUGUCCUACAAAAGACGGCUGUUGGUGGCCAUUACUGCUACCCUCACCCCCCGAGGACUUUCACACAGUCAACGGCUGAUGCCUCAGCUCAAGUGCCUCUGGUUUCUGCGGCCGAUUUGAAGACAGAGUUAGAGACGCUGCAAUAUAGGGAACACAAAAAACUGGCAAUUCAAGGACAGAUCACGUCAGUGUCGUACAUGAAAACGCCAAAGACCGCACAGUCGCAAGAAACACAAGAGAGAGAGCUGUCAGACGUUUCUACUGUUAUGUGUGUAGCAGACACACACAGUCAGCCCUCAGCAGCCGAGCAGACUGAGGAAAUCUCACCUAGCAGAAGGAAAAGAAGAAUUCAUACCAGGAAAAGCAUGCAGUCCUUGGAGUUCAGUGGCACAACACCGAAAAGAAGAGCACAACAAAAAACCACAGAACACGGAGGAGAGCGGGAAGACAAAGACUCUGAAUCAGAAGAAGCUCAGGAUGUGGUGCAUAGUCCACAGUCACAAAAUCCAAAUGAGGGUUCUGACAUUUUGUCUUGGGAAAGCAGCAGCUGGCCAAAGCAAAGAGAGGAAGUGUCUGAACAUUUGAUGCCGAGUGGACUCUGUGAGGACAGUGUCUCUCAGAGGUUCACAACGGAUGAGAAGACCAUGCUGCUGCGCUGGAGUAACCUUCAGUCAAUGUGGUGGACACCAGAGCAAACCACUGACACUCUCCCACCUGUGGUCUGUCCAGGAUUCUACCAAGUGACAAUAUUAGGCAUUAAUAAGCAGAUAGCUGUUGAUGCUGCGUAUUUUCCUGUGGUGAGUGCUGAUGAGCCCAGGGCUAUAGGACUUCCCCAGGAUCCCCAUGGCAACACAAUGCUGUCCUGCCUUUCUUCAGGCUUCCUCUGCCCUCUCAGAGACGACCACAGUGAUUCAGCUGCUCCUGAGCCAGAGGACAUCUUGGCGACCGCCAGCGAGCUGGAGGACACGCACAUCGUGUGUGUCCUUGAUCUUUGCCAUCUAGGAGGAGAUAAGGUGGAAGCCCUGAUCAACAAGGUUUACAGAGUGACGGAUGUUUCUGUCAGCUAACGGCUACACCUCCCACCCACCUCCUGUCUUUUCAUAUUUGUAAAUUCUGAUUACUUGUCACACAACACUUAGAGUAGUGCUUUGAGAUUGGAAGGUAGUGAAAUGGUUAAAUAAACCAUAACAGGUUUAUCACAAACAGGAAAUAUUAAAUGCAGCCUAGGAGUUUACAAACUUAAAUUUACAGUCAAAAAAAGGCUGUUUAACCGUGAGAUAAAGUGGAAAAUGUCUUAUUAAGAGAUCAUAGAGUCUAUUGGUUUAGAGUUUUUCCUUAUGUGCCUGUUGGCAGCCAAGUUUACAGAGACUCUGUGUCAUUACAACCACACUUUAAAAAUCCUGAACUAACCCUUUAAGAACACACAGCUGAGAAACAUACUCAGAAUAGCAAUUUUCAAAUCAGUAUCCUGGUUGAUUUGAAAAUAUUUCAGUAUAGAAUAAUAUCAAGGUAUAUUUUGGAAUGUAAAUUUAAAGAAUAUUAAUUUAGUUUUAAAGCUUCGUUUGAUAAUUAAUACAGUGACAGAAACAAGCGAGAAGUGACUGUACAAACACCAAAUUAAGCACAAAAAAUACCUUCUUUUAAUAAGACACUUCAUUAUCUGUUACAAAAUCACUUUCAUUUUAAAAUCAUGUAACAUACAUAUUUCAUCUUUUGGACAUAUAAAUUAAACAAUUAUGUAGUCUAGACCUUUUUUUUAUACAAUAUAUUCAAUGUUUUUUGUAUGAAACAACAAAGGGCUGAGUGUGUGUGUGUGUUUGUGUGUGUGUACAAAUGUGAUUAAACUCACACACCUUCAAAAACAGACACUUGAUGCUUAAAUAAAAAAAAAAUACAUGACAAAAA